AUCCUGAAUUAUUGAUGAAAGUAUUAGAUACUAGAGAACGUCUGGAAGAAGCUUUGGAUGAAAAUGAGGCAAAAAACAUCAAAGAUGAAAGCGAAGCGAAAAUCAAUGAAAUUAUAACAGAACUUUCGCAGGCGUUUAAAUCUAACGAUUUGGUUCAGGCGAAAAAAUUAACCGUGAGGCUUCAAUAUUGGCAUAACAUACGAGAAGCGGCUAUUGGAUGGGAACAGGGAAAACCGAUUGAGAUUCAUCAUUAA